CUUCAAUUUUAUUUUAAUUAUUUUACUUUUUUUUUUUUUCUUUUCUUCAUAAUCAUUUUGUCUCUUUCCCCGCUCUCUCGCUCUCGCCGCCGUCUGCGUAACGGUCUCCGGCCGCAUUACGCCGAUCAAUCUGUUCCCUCCGCGGAAAUUUCGAUAUCGUUUCCGUCGAAAUCUAUUUUGAAGUGUUCCGAUUCGAUUCACUUUCCGAAACUUUUUUCUUUUCUUCUUCAGGAGGUUUACACAAUGAUUGGAUCGUUUCUAACAAGAGGACUUGUAAUGGUAUUUGGAUAUGCGUAUCCUGCUUAUGAAUGCUACAAAGCGGUUGAGAAGAAUAAGCCUGAGAUGCAACAGCUUCGGUUCUGGUGCCAAUAUUGGAUUUUGGUGGCUGCUUUGACCAUUUUUGAAAGAGUUGGCGAUGCUUUUGCUUCCUGGGUUCCGCUAUACAGCGAAGCAAAGUUGGCAUUUUUCAUAUAUCUUUGGUUCCCCAAGACCAGAGGAACUACAUACGUUUACGAUUCCUUCUUUAGACCAUAUGUUGCGAAGCAUGAAAAUGAAAUUGACCGUAACUUGGUUGAGCUAAGGACCAAAGCUGGAGAUAUGGCAGUUAUAUACUGCAGAAAAGCAGUGUCCUAUGGACAAACAAGAAUCACAGAAAUCCUGCAGUUUGUAGCUAUACAAUCAACACCAAAACCUCAGCCUAAGGUAAAGAAGCAGGCAGAAGAGGAGGAACAGAAACAACCGGAUCUUAAGACGACGAGCCAAGCAGCUUCCAAUCCUCAAGCGCGUCUGCAAUCAAAGAAACCACAGCUUCUAACCAAAGAACCUAUAUCAUCACCAAAGCCUCUUUCAUCCUCCCCGCGUAAGCAGCAGCUACAACAACAACAACAAACAGAGAUCAAAGAAGCAAAAGCAAGCGUGUCGCAAACCAAACUCACUACUCUAUCUCCACCAGGACCACCACCUUUGCCCUCAACCGCAACGAAACCAAACUCUGAUUUGCCGCAGCCAUUGUCAACAGAGGAAGAGAAAGCGGCACCGAUUGUUGCAGCGUCACCACAACCAGCGUCUGCGAUUCAGCGAGCGUCAUCUGCAAAAGAGACGAUAAUGGAGGAAACACUAAGGGUCACUCGCGGGAGUCUGAGGAAAGCUCGUUCAACGGGAGUACCGCGCUAAAAAAGGAAACACACAAGUUCACAACUCUUACCUUUUAUAAUGGUUUCUUUCUAAAACAGGAAUAAUCGAUUCUAUUAAAUGGUGUUAUUUGUCGUUUUAGUUCGAUGUAAAAUUUUCAGACUUCAGACUUAUAUUGGAUCUUGAUCUGUUCGUUUGAUGUAGAAUUUUCAGAGUCUUCAGACUGAGGAGGAAAAUAAAAAACGAUACCAAUGCCAGGCUUGAACCUGGAUUUCACCA